AUGUGCGCCUGGCUCAGCAACCGCGCAAUCUGGGUUUGGCAACGAGUCGCAUUCCCCGAAUUGUGUCUGGAUUUCACUCCAAGCGAUAAGGUGAGUUUUUUAUCAUUGAGUAUCUUGUAGCACAUCAAUUUUCCGAUUUCUUUUUAUUAAAAAGCUAUUCAGCAGUGCUGGAAUUGUUUGGUAUUACUGCGCUUUUCAUAAACACGCGAACUCUGAUGUUCAAAAACCAACUGACGUUUGUGUUUUUCGCUGCUGUCAAUCAUCUUAACGCACCUCUUAGGAAACAGAACUUUGCUUAAACGGGUUCAAAAGGUCAAGGUUUGUGAUCUGUGGUUGGUGGAUUUCGAUCCGUUUUGUAGGUUUCUGUGUUUUAAGGUUCAUUGCUUGUGAUCGUAAUUAUGAUUGACGGCAGCGAAAACGCAAUUGUAAAGGCGGCUUUUGAAUUUUAGAGUUCGGGUGUUUGUGAAAAGCGCAGUAAAGAGCUUGAUUUGUCCUGAUUUGUCAGACACAAAUCAGCAACGGGGAUCGACAGACUCGAUUCAAACCACAUCCGGAAUAGCUCAAAUAUUUCAAAACCCAGUCAAAAACAAGAAAGGUGCUAAUGUGAAAUAAUCGGGUUUUGUUCUAUAUUAAGGUAUUCAGGAGUUAAUAAAGAUGAAAAAAGGAUCAGAGAAAGUGAACCGAGAAAGAUCUCAAAGGUGAGAAACUUGAAACAGUGGUCCAUGUGUUUGUAGGGUUAGUUUAUUGCGAGAUCCCGAUUAUUUUAUUUGAUACAAGGAUCAGAAAAAGUGAACUGGGAAAUAUCUCAAAGGUGAGAAACUUGAAACAGUGGUCCAUGUUUCAAAGGUUCAUGGCAAAUACAUGGAAACCGCAUGGAGUCUAUGACUAGUAUUAUACAUUGUUUUGAAGAAAAUAACGUCAAUCACACCGUCGCUAGGAACCUGAAUUGAUAUUGUCAUUGAAAAUCAUGCAUUGCGCGCGCAACCUACAGAUUAGUCAAUUAUCUGCUAGCAGAUAACUAACUAAUCUGUAGGUUGCGCUGAUUUCCAAAAUUAGUUGUAGGCUCUUAGCCAAUGAGAAGAAAGAUAGUGAGUACAAUGUAUAAUAAUAGUAUUUACGUGCAUGUAUGGCGCGGAGACUGCGAACAAAAUCAAGUAGCAAACGAGCCCUGAAUGGUAGUAAACCUUGUUUCAGGGAUUUUCAAAUCAAUUAAAAGUAACUCAAAAGUACACUCUUUAGAAUUUUCGACCAAAUAUAAUACCAAAACUCUAUGUACGUUUUUUUGCUUCAAAAAUCCAUGAAAACAUUGAGGCUAUGCUCAGACCCGGAGGGGUACUGCCAUAUAUGGGCUAUAUAGGUAAUGUGCCGCUGUGAAGGGUAUGGUUUUCAAGCAGUCUGCUCUAGGAUAGAGUAUAUAAAAAAGAGCGUUUGGGUCUAGAUUAGAACAGGGUAUCAUUUUUCAGGAAACUGAUCAGUUGGUUGAAGAUGUUAUCUAGACUAGGGAAACAGCUAGUCUAGGAUAGGGGGGAUUUGGGGAGUUUACUCUAGUAUAGGGUAGCAAAAUUCAGCUGAACUAGCUCCGGUAUAGGUAUAGGUCCCAGCGGCACAUCCCCACCCAGAAAUUCCUAAAGUACCCCCCCCGGUACUCGGACUGCGUCGCCACGAAUACCAUACCGGAUAGGGCUUCUGUUCAUACGCCAAGGACGGUUGUCGCGGCGCGAUUUCUGAGACGGAGCAAAGCUGCGCCGCUUAGAUCUCUAGAGUGGAGGUGUACACACUACAGCUAUUUAACUUUUCGAGUCGGCACGAAAAGCUAUCCGGUAUGUGUGUACAUAGCCUAAGGCUUACUGAUCAAAAUUAAAGCAUGGAAUGUUAUUAACCAAAAUUACCAUAAUUACAUAUCUUGCGUGGAACUCGUAGUUUAGUCGAGACACAUUCGGGAAUCUCAAAAUUUGAAUUUUUCGACAAUUUUGUGUCCAAGAAUUCAGCGCAAAUUCAAAAUUUCACGAGCUGGAACUGUGGAGGGGUAAAUUUUGUACACUGUAUUGUGUUACGUAUAGAUUUGAAUUCUAAAAGAGCGCUUUCUUUAUUCUUCACAACGAUGCAAAGAAGCACCUCCUUCUCCUCCUCUUAUAUCCUACGGCCACUGCAAUAAACUACGUGACAUCCUAGUGAGACGUAUCCUUUUAUUACAAAAGGAACCACGUCUUACACCUUCUUCUUCAGCACGAAACAACAACACAUCCGAUAUCACAUCUCCUGUUCAUCUUCAAAUUUCAUUUACAUGAUCCAGUGCAAUAAAUGUAAUAUGCAAUACACCGGAGAAACAAAAUUAUCCUACCGUCGUUUCAGACCACUUCUCUCUUCCAGAACAUUACAUCAGGGACAUAGAACUCAUUCCGCUACAACUAAUUAAUUCAGACAGGGACAGCAUCCGUAAGGCCCGCGAAGGAUUGUUAAUAACUAAAGGCCAAAUACUUGCACCCUAUGGUUGGGCAGCCUGAGUGUGUGUAAACCUACUCCAAUUACUCCAAACGGCAAGAAAACGAAUGAAAGGAAUUAGGUUUGUAAGGCAGGUAGGAUGACCCUGGGCCCAGUUCUUCGAAGGCCGAUUAUCGCUAACCAGUGGUUAAAUUUGAAUCCGGUUUUCUUUUCCUUUUUUCCGCAAAAACAUUUUCUCGGCUAAUUUUUCUUAUUUUUAAGGCAUCCAAAGAUCAAAUUAUGAACAAUAGGAAUUGAACGGAAUGUGCUUUUUAAGCUUUCAUACCUGAAUUCAAAUUUCGCACUAAACCUCAGGGGUAUUCGUAACCAGGCUUUGAACAACCCGACCCCAAAGGGCUAAGCUAGGCGGCUUAUUACCCUGGCGCCAGGGUAACCUCAUCUGCUUUGAAAACGCGCGCGUGGCAUUAAAAUGAGGAGAAAUUCGGAAAUGCCAGGGAUACUGUCUCGUUACACUUUCAUCUCGUUCGAUUUAAUUACAUAAGUGCAAAAAGGGUACCCACUGUAAAACUUCUUUUUAUUUUUUUUUAUUUUAUCCAUUUAUUUUAUUUUAUUUUUUUUUUUUUUUUUUCACCUUGGCUAAUUGAAAAUGUUUUAUUUUUUGAGGCGUGCUAGUUUUUAAGUUUCUAGCGGCUAUGGAAACAACAAAUUUAAAAUGCCAGUGUAGGUAAAUUUGUCUCUAGUUAAUGGCAAAAACUACUAUACCUGUCAGAUCAUACCCUGCAUUGUUUACAAACUGACCAAUAGCAUUCCCGUACACGGCAACCACCAUCUUAUAUAUCCUAUUCAGGUGUGCUAAAAUUAUUGGACUUUGAGGAGCUUGGAUGAUCAGCAUUACCCAGGUUAGUUACAAUUAAAUGUUGAAUAAAAAACUAGAACGAAACUGAGGACAAGAAACAGGUUACCUAAGAAGGGUAAACAGUUUCCAUAAUAGACCUUUAUAUAUAAUUUUUUAAUUCAGCAUUUCAUGAUUUUACAAUUAUCUAAACUAAACUAAAAAAAAGUUAAAUGCAUCAGCGAGAACCCACACAAUGUGUGUGUAACCGAUUGUUAUUUCAUAGUAAAUGUACUGAUUUUCCGUUUGCUUCACCUAUAACGAGAUAUCGCUAAGUAUGUAUAUAAAUCAAUGUUAAAUAAACGUUGAAUUUCCUUUCCUGUGGUAUAUCCUUUUGCCUCAAAAGCGCUUUUUUGAGCGAUUUUGAAGGAUUUUGAGUUGGCCGCUUACUCACCUAAUAUUAUUAGGAACAGUAAACGACAAACUCAAAAUCCUUCAAAAUCGCUCAAAAAACCGCUUUUGAGGCAAAAGGGCGACAAUAUACCACAGGUAAGGUAAUUCAACGUUUAUUUAAUAUUGAUUAUAGAAAUAAAUCGCUAUAGUUGAAGCAAACGGUAUAUCCAGUACAUUUGCUAUAAAAUAGCAAUCGGUUACACAAACACAUUAGGGCCAUUUAUACGAGGCAAAAUAAGACGCGUCUUACAUAAGACGCGAACUGUACCAUUUAUACGAGCGUGUCUUAUCUAAUAAGACGCGUCUUAGUUAAGCCGCGUCUUAUUUUAGACGAAAUGUGCCGUUUAUACGGAAAGUUCGCGUCUUAUUUAAGACGCGUCUUAUUUUUCCUCGUAUAAAUGGCCCUAUUGUGAGGGCGCCCUGUGAAUACAUCGCUUUAAAGAGCCGGAAAAACACCGCAAAGCUAAACUAAUUUUAAAUUGGAGGGGCCUGUAAGAUUAAAAACAGUAAUAUUACCACGAACCUCCCAUUGUAUUCUUUAAUUUUGUGUCGUAAGAAAUAUUCUGCUUUGUCCUUUUACAGCUUGGAUUUAAUUUUUGAAUCUUUUUCAUCCGAGGAGAGGAUAGUUGUAUCCUUAUUUUUUAGUAACAAUUUCUUCUUGAUUCUUAGUUUUUAACAACUCAAAGGGCAAAUAUGUAUCUCGGGCGAUCUUGUUCAAAGCGGCCUCAAUAUCAAAAGCCAACAAUGCAUAUCGUUAGUCGUGAAAUCCCCUACAAGUUGUUUUUAUUUCGUGCAAGAAUGACAUUGGCAAUCUUGCAGAAAAAAUAAUUUUCAAUACCACAGUCAUUCAGCCUAUCUAGCAAGAGCCGUUGGUACAAUGUACAUUAUAUUUGAGGGUUUAGAAUCAUGUUUAGAUAACAUGAAAAUCAGCGAAAAAAGGUUUUGCACAACGUUUCAAUGUCGCCGCCAUGACAGCAUCAUCAAGGUAUAGUCAUGAUUCAUUGCACGUGAAAAUGAAAAUUAUACGUGAACUUUAUCCGUGCAAAACAUUUUGUUUCAUAUGUAACUUUCAUGUUAUAGUCGUGCAAUGGUUACAUCCCCCAUCAUGUGGAUAAUGCUCUCCGAAUCUUCGGUUUGCCUUCUAAUUCUUUUGUUAUAAAACGCUAGAUUAGCUCUUUGAACAAAAAUACUAAUCUGUCAGCAGGAGUAAGUGUUCUACCCCUCCAAAAGGAAAAAACAAUUCUGGUAAAUAUAAACAUGCCACGCUUCUUUUACUUAAAGCUAUAACAAUUAUUUGUUUCCUUUGAUAUUCAGCCAUGAAAAUGCUGUUUGUAACCUUAGUUACUUUGCUGUCAAUCACUUGCACUUCCUCCAACAAGCUGAAGCAGUUGCUGAAGACCAAUGACGUUAUAGACAGUGAGGUAACAGCGUCUGCAGUCCUGCUUGUUUUUUAUUUUGAACAUGAUGUUUGUCACCUUUGUGGUGGCUAA